GUCUCGUCCCGCCCAUCGCUUUUGCCAGCCAAAGCAUCGAGGCCGCCCCCGCACACAAACAGAACACAUCUAUACUUGGUAGCAACACAUUGGCAAAAUGCAACGCAUACGCCAAACAGCGAGCCCUCUAGUGAACGUAAAUUGCGCCAAAAUAUGCACGUUCAUGGGGCUGUCGCUACACUAGUUGGUGAUAUUCUCAGCGCAUCUCUCCUUGUGUGAGACUUAGAAAUGCGUCUAUAUAUGCACUAGAAUGGACUGUGCUGAGUCGGAGCGUAGAGACGCUCCUGAUACGCGGUCUGCAUUGACCUGCGCCCGAGUCGCCUAGCGACCAAAGGUGAGCCCACACAUCCAAAACAUUUUCCCAAGAUGGGAAUUGCCUGUUAUAUCCCCACGCCUCGUUUCCUUCCUAUUUGGUCGCUGCACAGCUUGGUCCCGUCCGAAUGCAGCAACCACUUGCUGCAGACGCCAGACCCUGUUCCUGCCAAAUAAGGUAGGAAAGCAAUCGACGUCGAGCAAAGCACUUGGAGGGGGGUAUAUAAUGUGUGUUCUCCUGUGGGCCCAGGAGGACAUCAGGCUUGUCUCCUGGACGCGCUCUGCCCCUUCCCACAUCCUUCUGAGUUUUCCUCGACGUUUCCUGCUCCUGCUCCCGCUCCCCCGCUACCACUACUGUUCGGCGCUUGUUAUUAGCAAUGGGAUACCGCAGGUCUGUGCAGCCCAAACUUGAGACCGAGUCUGCGCCCAUAUGGUGUAUGGUGCAGCAGUGCUCAUACAUGGCCCUCAACGGAUAUGCCCUGAAGGACCACAUUAAUUCAUGCCACAAAUAUGUCUUGAGGGUUGGAAGCGAGUACCACUGCCCCUUCGCAGAGUGCGACUGCACCAUGGAGCAGUACACGAACCUCGAGACGCACCUCAACCGCCACCUCGGCAUCCGGCCACACGCGUGCCCGCACGUCUCCUGGGCUCCGCACCCCGCCCACCCCGGCGCGUCCGUUCCGACACACUGCACCUUCCGCUCGUGCGACCCCGCCGAGCUCAGCGCACACCGCAAGCUCCACGACGACUACGUCCCGCAGAAGCGCAAGCCGCGCCUGAACACCCGCCGGAGCGUGGCCACCCGCAUACGGUUCGUCGACGCGCCUCGCGCGGGGCCCCCGCAGCCCACGGUGGUGCUCGCGGACGGCGCGUCAUCGAGCUCGCGCAAGCGCAGGCGGCGCGAGGCCGCGUCCGUUGAAGAGCGGCCGGCGAAGAGCGCGCGGCGCACGCCGGAGGACACGCCCGCCGCUGAUGUGAGCGCAGACUGGAGCAUCCUCGACCCGUACGUGUGCUCCGCCGCUGCCACCCCCGUCCUCGCGCCGUCGGCCCUCUGGCUCUCGGCUGCCACCGAGUUUGAGGUGCCGUCGCCGUCCGAGUCGGGUUCGUCGUCUGUCACGGACGACGGGCUCACGGCGUCUGAGUUUGGGCUUUACGAAGGAGGACAUUCCGUGUACUCCACAUACCAGUGCUGUCCCUCGGAUGCCUCGUCGCCGUCCGAGGGCUCGUCGCCUGGAUGGGACUCGACGGGACCGACCACGCCGCCGGCGUACGAGAUGUCUUCACAAGACCCGUCGUCCCCUCUUUGGAGCUCGACCCUGGACAAGGCGGACAUUUGCUCCUCCUCUCACAUUCUGACACCUCACGACGUCGCGUUCAUCUUCGAGUUGGUGGGCGCCUUCGAAGAGGUAGUGGAUGUCCAUGCACGCGCUGAGUGCUGGUGUCAUCAUUGAUGUUCUGUCUAUCUGCCACUGAUGUAUUUUUAUUUCUGUGUCGUGUAUGCCCUCUCUCUCUGCCACUGACGUAUCCUCAUUUCUCUAUCACAUGUGUCCAUCCACAUUGCUAGCUUGUUUCAGAUACUCCUCUGAUUCAAGUUAUGUAGCUCACCACUCACCACCGUGCUGUAACUUAUUAGACUCAUGCUCAUGCCGCAUCGUAGCCAUUGUACUGUAACCUGUUAGACUUGUGCUUGUGCACGUCCUAUCCAUAGAUAUCAUUGUACAUUCCUAGCCCUUCUACUGUUUCCGACAUGUUCGACACACGAAGUACGAUGUUUGAAACCGG